AUCCCUCUUAAUGUCCGUAGGAAGUGAUUUAAUGCAUAAAGAGGUUCAUUGACUAUAGAAAUGUGUCAAAUUUUGCAGCUUAUAUUCCUGCCUACCUUCUCAUUAUGCUGCGCGACAUCCUUGUCAAAAUAUAUGCCUUCGUUCAUUUAAUAAUGCAAUUUUAAAUAGUGAAAAUAGUAUACUAUUAUGUUUGGAAGCUUUCAGUUUCGCAGACUUUCCAGCGGAAUUACGCAGCCGUCGAUGAAACGAGUGUCUCAGGCGAUACACGACCUAACUCGCGAUGCCCUAGCACGUCGUGAUCAACUACGAAUUGAAGCUAUGACUCGAUAUGCAAAACAAUUUGUACGAAAAGAGAAAAAUAUCGCAGCUCCGCGACCGGUAUAUGAAGGACCGAGGAACGUAAGAUACUGGAUCACUCGUCGUCGCAGCGGGAUGCGAAAAUAGCGGCACCGGUUUAAAUAUGACUUUAAACUUUCUAGUUGUAUUAUUUGUUAGUUAAUCUAGAGGCAUAGACGGCAUAAUAGGUUAUCGGCAUACUUGCGGGAUUCUCUAUGUAGCACUUCUCAAAUCUACAUAGAAUACACCCCUAAGUGUCAUAUUUCAAGUCUAUCCCACGAUACAUAAUCUACCAAAUUGAAUUUUGGAAUUAUAAUUGUAUUAUUUCCUACAAAUUUGAUAAAUGAUCCCUAGUGUAUGCUAC